CUCAUUUUCCACACGGUGACUUUUUCGCGACACACGGAAAGCUGUGUGAGAUGGCGGUCAGAGCGGACAACACAAGAAGCGAAUAAAUAUCAACCACCUCAAUUCCUCCUGUGGGAAAAAGCGUGCUAUUUACCAUAAUACCCACAUACUGUAACCAGUUGUAGCGAGGUUAAAGAUAUGGAUGGUACCAAACCGUCCGUUCCAAUUGUAUACCAAGCCGUACAGGCUCUUUACCAUGAUCCAGACCCUGCCGGUAAAGAGAGAGCCUCAGUAUGGCUCGAGGAACUGCAAAGAUCGAUGUAUGCAUGGGAAGUGUCAGAUCAGUUGCUGCAGUUGAAGCAGGACGUGGAGUCCUGUUACUUCGCGGCCCAGACUAUGAAGAUGAAGAUUCAGACCUCAUUCUACGAGCUUCCUCCAGAGACCCACAUAGCCCUGCGUGACUCACUGCUCUCUCACAUACAGAACCUCAAAGAUCUCUCUCCUAUUAUAAUAACCCAGCUUGCCCUAGCAAUCGCUGACCUGGCUCUGCAGAUGGCUUCGUGGAAGGGCAGUGUCCAUACUCUCAUUGAAAAGUACAGUAACGACAUCUCCUCCAUGCCCUUCCUAAUUGAGAUACUCACCGUUCUACCAGAGGAAGUGCACAGCCGGUCCUUAAGGAUUGGUGCAAACAGACGCACAGAAAUCAUUGAGGAUCUAGCCUUCUGCUCCAGCACUGUUGUUGCCUUGUUGGUCACGUGUGUGGAGAAGACGGGCAACGAUGAAAAGAUGUUGAUAAAGGUGUUCCGCUGCCUGGGGAGCUGGUUUAACCUCGGGGUGUUGGACAGCAACUUCAUGGCCAGCAACCAUCUCAUCAUAGUGCUCUUCCAAGUUCUGCAAAGGCAUGACACAUCCACCAAUUUGCACGAGGCUGCCUCUGACUGUGUGUGUUCGGCACUUUAUGCUAUUGAGAAUGUGGACACACACGUUGCCUUGGCUAUGCAGCUGUUCAAGGGUGUAUUGACGCUGGAGACUGCCUACCACAUGGCUGUGGCCAGAGAAGACCUGGACAAAGUGCUGAAUUACUGCCGGAUCUUCACGGAGCUAUGCGAGACCUUCAUGGAGAUCACGGUCAGGAGCCCUGGUCAGGGCAUGGGAGACCUGCGCACGCUGGAGUUGCUUCUUAUCUGUGCAGGCCAUCCACAAUAUGAGGUGGCAGAGAUUUCCUUUAACUUUUGGUACCGUCUGGGAGAGCAUCUCUACAAGACGAACAACCCAGCCCUUCACAAUGUAUUCAGGCCCUACAUCCAGAGACUGCUGCACAGCUUGGCUCGCCACUGUCAGCUGGACCCAGAUCAUGAAGGCAUACCCGAGGACACCGAUGAUUUUGGGGAGUUCAGGAUGAGAGUUUCCGAUCUUGUGAAGGAUGUGAUCUUUCUCGUUGGCUCCAUGGAAUGUUUUUCACAGCUUUACUCCACUCUGAGGGAGGGGAACCCCCCAUGGGAGGUGACUGAAGCUGUGCUCUUCAUCAUGGCCGCCAUCGCCAAGAGCGUAGAUCCUGAGAACAACCCCACCCUGACGGAGGUGCUGGAGCAGAUCGUGUUGCUGCCCCAGACUGUGCACAUGGCAGUCCGCUACACCAGCAUCGAGCUCGUAGGGGAGAUGAGUGAAGUGGUUGACCGCAACCCCCGCUUCUUAGAUCCCGUGCUGAACUACUUGAUGAAGGGUCUGCGGGAGAAGCCUCUCGCUUCAGUGGCCGCCAAAGCCAUCCACAACAUCUGCUCUGUGUGCCGUGACCACAUGGCACAGCACUUCCAGGGCCUGCUGGACAUAGCGCGUGCACUGGACACCUUCGCCCUGUCCUCAGAUGCUGCUGUGGGCCUGCUUAAGGGUACCGCCUUAGUCUUAGCCCGACUCCCUCUAGAGAAAAUUGCGGAGUGUCUGAGUGACCUCUGUGCUGUACAAGUCAUGGCGUUGAAGAAGCUGCUGGCUCAGGAUUCUAGCAAUGGUAAAUCUGCAGACCCCACUGUGUGGCUGGACAGACUAGCGGUAAUCUUCCGACACACUAACCCGAUGGUAGAGAAUGGCCAGACACACCCAUGCCAAAAGGUCAUUCAGGAGAUCUGGCCAGUGCUCUCUGAGACUCUGAACGCACACCAGGCCGAUAACCGGAUUGUGGAGCGCUGCUGCCGUUGCCUGCGCUUCGCCGUGCGCUGUGUGGGCAAGGGGUCCGCCUCCCUGCUGCAGCCCCUGGUCACACAGAUGGUCAGUGUGUAUCAGGUGUACCCCCACUCGUGUUUCCUCUACCUGGGGAGCAUCCUGGUGGAUGAAUACGGCAUGGAAGAGGGCUGCAGACAAGGACUUCUAGAUAUGCUGCAGGCUCUGUGUAUGCCUACUUUCCAGCUCCUGGAGCAGCCCAACGGCUUGCGUAACCACCCUGAUACCGUGGAUGACCUCUUCAGACUUGCCACAAGGUUUGUCCAGCGCAGCCCCGUCACUCUACUCAGCAGUACCAUCAUUGUCCACAUAAUCCAGUGUGCCAUUGCGGCCACCACUCUUGACCACAGAGAUGCCAACUGCAGUGUCAUGAAGUUUGUUCGUGACCUGGUCCACACUGGCGUCUCCAAUGAUCAUGAGGACGACUUUGAGGUCCGGAAACAGCUGAUUGGUCAGGCUAUGGGGCAACAUGGCCAGCAGCUGGUCACUCAGCUGGUGCACUCCUGCUGCUUCUGCCUGCCACCUUACACACUCCCUGACGUGGCCGAGGUGCUCUGGGAGAUCAUGGUCUUCGAUCGGCCGACCUUUUGCCGCUGGCUGGAGACUGCAUUGAAGGGUCUUCCCAAGGAGACAGCCGGGGGCGCUGUCUCUGUCACUCACAAGCAACUUACAGACUUCCACAAGCAGGUCACCAGUGCAGAGGAAUGUAAGCAGGUGUGCUGGGCCAUCAGAGAGUUCACCAGGCUAUACCGAUAGCAUGGCAGCCGUGUCAUGUCUCCAUACCAGGUCAGAUCUUUUGUUUGCAAACAUUCAGAGAUGAUGUUGACUGCAGAAGAGAAACUUAAAGGGAACUCCUUCAUGAAGGACUGGUGGGACUUGGCACUUUGGCACUGUGGACAGCCAAUGGGACGCAUCACAGCUUUGGAGUGACAGGGUUAACAGAUAUGCGCAUUUGCCUUGGUUCUGAACACCAGAAGAGCCCCCCCCUCCCUUCGCCACCCCCCCCCCCCCCACCACACACCGACACCCACCGUUGCCACCGUGACCGCAAGAUGACGUGUGAUGGGAGGGAACUCCUCUACUUUGAGGGUUGUGGUAAAAGUAAAGUAUGGUGAGGAAAGCACACUGACUCAAGUUGGAUUUAAUUCAGCGUCAGUUGGAUUCCUACAAGAUCCACCAUUUAAAAAAAAAAACACACACACAUACACAACAUAAAAAGCAAACAAAGAAAAAAACAAAGAUGUGCCUGGUUGCAAAUGAUAAUGCAUUAUUAAAAAAAAAAAGACUUCUAAGUUUUUAAAAAAAGAAAAAAAAUGGAGAAAUGAUUUAUUUUCAUGGACGUGUCUUUAGAAAGCAAAGCUAGCUUUGCGGUCUGUGCCAUAACAAAGACGAACACAAAGACAGCGGCUGCCUGUCUGACGAAGAGGAUGAAAGCAUUGUCCAGGGAGAUCCGGUGUCACGUUUGACCCUUUUAAAAAGUUGGCUGAAGUUUUAAUAUGGACUGUCAGCAGGCUAAGCUGUAUUAUACAAUUGACUGGAUCCUGGCAAACAGAUUUGUUUUGUUGUUGUUCCACCAGCAUCUUUUGGCGUUGCCCAUUCUAGACAGAGUGUAAUCAUCAGGCAAUGUGUAGACAUCUUGUGAACAAUAAAAAAAGUUGAGGAACAAAUA